CUCCGCCCUCUAGUGACAGCGCGCACUGUGCACAUGGUGAGAGAGCCUGACCCGGGAAACAGGAAGACAGGCAGAUGAUGGCACAGGUUUUUGGAAGAAAAUACAUUGGAGCAUUUGUAAGUGGAUUUUUUGUGGCAAUGCCAGUCACUGUGACCUUUCUUGAUCGAGUUGCUUGCAUAGCAAGAGUAGAAGGUGUUUCAAUGCAGCCUUCCCUGAAUCCAGAUGGGAGACAUGAAUCUGACGUAGUGCUCUUAAACCGAUGGCGCAUUCGGAAUUAUGAAGUUCAGCGAGGGGACAUGGUCUCUCUAGUGUCUCCAAAGAACCCAGAACAGAAGAUUAUUAAACGAGUGAUUGGUCUGGAAGGAGACAUUGUAAAGACAAGGGGACACAAAAAUAAAUAUGUAAUGAUUCCCAAUGGACACAUGUGGGUAGAAGGAGACCACCAUGGACACAGCUUUGACAGUAAUGCCUUUGGUCCUGUUUCUCUUGGACUUCUCCAUGCACAGGCAACUCAUAUCCUUUGGCCUCCUAGCCGGUGGCAAAAGUUGAAGCCAAUAGAGAUCAAGCCAAUACUAAGUGAUAAAGAAUGACCUACAUUUUCUAUAUUUUUCUAUCACAUUAAAUAUGAUAUUUUAAUGGAUUGAGAAAUAGAUGUUGUUUUGUUCAUAAAUAUUUCAAUCCA